AUGCUUUUAUCCUCCCACGACUUUAAUCAUUUCCUUGCUCGUCACUUCACCUGUGCAUUCGAUACUGCCAUAUUGGUAUUCGACAUGGACAACUAUUCAGAGGGAGUUGAUAGAGCCACGGACUCGCAUCUGCGGGAUCAUGUGCUGCAAGAUCAGGACCCAGGUCGAGCUUCCUUAGGAGUCAAUUUCAACGAAUCUUUCCCGGCUGUGAAAUGGAUCAAAAUACCAUCCUCGGCGAUGAGCAGGCAGGUACUCGCCGAGCUAGGGUACUCAUUCGAGCAUAACGUCCGCCUUCUUCUACCUUUGUUGACCAACAAUCUGACAAGAUCAGCCCAGGAAUUUAUUCGUGCGUAAAGAACACAUUGUAGGUAAGAAUGUUGAGGAUUUUCUUUCCAAAGGUAAGAAAUCCCGUUUUUGCCUGCGCUUUACUGUCCAUCCCCAAAAGCCACCUUUCUGGGUGUUUGAAUCUUUGCUCAAUUCCAUGACAGUUUUCCAAAAGAUUCAUGAGAUUGGGGUUCAGGAUUCACGAGAAAGUGAAAGGGUAACGAUAGAGGGUAAGGACAGGUACGGGGAAGAAGGAGGAAGGAGAAGACGCGUGGAGAUAGACAGGGGUGUAGAAAGAGAAACUGAAAGUGCAAAAGAACGAUCAAGUUCAACGAUCUCAUCGAGUUCCCAGUCGCUCUGUGGUGACGCCUCCCGCGACUCGGAUGAUUCAGAUUACAUGCCGCAGGACUUCUCGUUCAAGCUUUCUCGGUAUAGAAAAGGUCUUCAAACUCGAGAAGGUAUCAGAUCUCCAGCUGUAGGUAAAGGCAUGCCGAAAAAGGAACCUUUGACUUCUUCACAACAAUCUAUGAAUGUGGCACACCUAGGAAAGGUUAUUCAUGUUUGGAAGUCACAUUACACAGGUGAUGGAUCUAUCGACGGCGAUCAAUCUGUAGAGCUUAAAGUGGCAGAAGGCAUAAAUUCACAGGAUCAACCACUUUUCAAAUCGCUGUAAGUCACCUUUUUGUAUUUGAAGUACGCCAAUGAGAACUAACAGCAUGGAAGACAAAUCGAAGAUACAAAUAUGAACUUUGACAGAUUUGAGGUGAGAAUAGGGUUCAAAUCCGCAUAAUAAUCUAGCUCUAACGCAGGCACAAGACUGCGGUAAAAGGCCUGCCUGGUCUCACGGAUUUGCAAAAGUCGGGUCUCAAUAGGCUCUUCAAACGUGUGAGGAAAGAUUAUGGUGUGUAUUUGAUACCCAAACCUUGAACUCGACAAUAACAGUUUUUGGUGAGAUAGACAGACCAACGCAUACCUCAAAUGGAUCAAGCGUACGAUUUAUGACACCGACCAUUCUCUCGACAACAAUUCGCCCGGAACCCCGAGACCUAAACGAAAGCUCGCGUCGGAAAAGAAGUGUGAUAUGGAUGUGCUUACCUUAUUUCUUACUCCAAAAUUACUCCGCCAAUUCCAAUGAUUUGCUGCCUGCUUCGCAUCCCGCGAAAACCUUAUUGGAGGCGCAAUCUUCUUUUGCACAUGAAAAGAGAGACAUGCAGCAGGCAGUUUGUAAAUUACCCGGCUGUCCCCAAGGACACUGUUUCCACAUUGCUCAAGUCUGGUGUGUUGUAGUCGAUGAAUGUGAGUUUUAAUCAGAACGUGAUAUCCCUUCCCCUCCCCAAAACACUUGACAUUUACUAACUUUAGCAUCAGCGUUCCUUGUUACCGGCUCUCACACUUCAAUUUCCACGCUAUUUGGGAAGUAUGUUUCUCUAUCAACUGAACUCCCUCCACCUGAUAUGGGUAGAAACCAAAUCCAACCACGCUCUUUUGCGUGUUAUCCAGCACAAAUCCAAGUUUCCAGUGGGGAAAUGCUUUGGUCUUUUCCUGUGAAUGAGUGUGAAAGUUGGUAUGUAAGUAUCAAUGGCUCUUUUUGGGUUAAGGUCUGACUAAUGUAUCCAGAAAUUUCUGUUGCGCUUUUGGGAAUUCAGUCCUAAGAAGUUGCAAUUCUUCUAUGCUGGAGACAUCAUCCAAUCAAAAUCGUGGCCCAAAAUAAUACAGCAAGCUUCCAAAACUAGCAUCAGACUUUCCAUGACCGGAGCAAAGUAUUUCGCUACUUUCUAGUGUCUAAUGUAUACCACUAACGGGAUUAGGUCCAAAUCAAGGGAGUCUGGGACCGGCUUGAUCUACUCGUAAGACUCUGCUUCCAGAAAUGACAAUACACUACACAAGGACCCUCCCACAAACAUCGAGACCACCUUUGCCUUAUCUGAGACCGAGGGGCGUCUGUCACGAAUCACGUGCUCACGUGAUACUUGUCAUAAUAAAGAGGCGCAACCCUCGACAGGCACAUCCAGGUUUCUUAUAGCAAAUAGGGAUUGCUUAGGCCAGCUAAGCGAUCCAUGGAUUUCCUUUAGUUACUG